AUGCCACGAGAAAAUUUGUGGUACAAUAUCUUCUCCAAGGAUGUGCUCGAGAAGGUGCGGUCGGACAUCGUGUCCACCAUAUUCCCAAGCUGGCUAGAGAAACCCCCGUCCGACUUCGGCAGUCCCGCUCAUGGCAAGCUCAAAGCAGAUCACUGGUGCACGGUAGCUACUGUCAAUCUAGUGAUUACCCUUCAUAUCUUUGCGGGUUACUCUCUCUACGACCACAAGCUUGUUCCAAACCACCAUCUAUCUCUUCAUCUCCGCCCUCUAUUGGAAGUGUUCGGGCCUGUUCACGGAUGGACCCUCCAGCACAUGAGUACCAAUUCCAGGGCAGAGGACAUGCCCGGAACCUUCAUGCGGUGCUGGUACAUUGGCACGAACCUCCGCUGGCUCAUGCAAUCAAUGGAGUGGCCAAAAGAUCCGAUAUUUGCCAACAUGGUGAGGAUGUAUGAUACUGCGUUCCGCGAUCGUGUACGGGGAACAUGUGUCACCGACAUCCUUCACGCCCUUGACAACCGCACUGCCAGCUCCCCAUGCGUGACAUGGCGCGACCUCGGCCUCCUCUCACCUCCACUUCCAUAG